AUGGCAGCCUUCUCUGCGGUCUCCGGCGAGCUCCGCCACCGCUUCCGCAUCGAGUAUGACCACCAGGUCAAGUCCUUCACCGCCGGCGCGCUGGCCUUCGACCAGGACACGAGAAUCUUCGCCAGCUGCAAGGGCCGGCUCAACGAGUGCGGCAUCGGCGUCUGGGACCGCGUCACCGGCGAGCAGGCCGACUUCUUCUAUGAGCAACCCGGGUGCGCCCUGGGCGACGCCGAUAAGCUACAGUGGCUGGACGCCACCAACGCGCUCAUGGUGGCCACGCUGUUCCCCAAGGCGGACAACUGUUUCAUCGGCCUGCUGGACUUCCGGGCCAAGAACGUGUUCUGGUCCUGGUCGGACGACAAGCGCAUGCUCCAUGCCAUCGCCAUGGAGGACGAGCGCUCCGUCUGCGUGAUCAACCAGUACGACGACCUCGGCUUCCUCGACCUCCGGAGCGGCGCCGGCGGUGUGAGGUGCAUCUCCCGGAGCAAGCUGAUGAAUCGGAAGGUGCCCAGCGAGGAGAGCUGCUACCCGAAGCUCGCCACGCACGGCGGCCAGCUCUUCUCGUCGAUCAACGACAGCAUCUCCGUGUUCAGCGGGCCCGAGUACGUGCUGACGUCGACGCUCCGGCGGAGCCACGGCGGCGCCAUCUGCGACUUCUCCAUCGGCGGCGACUGGCUCUUCGCCCUGCACAACGAGGAGAACGUGUUCGACGUCUGGGAGACGCCGCCGCCGCCGAUCAUCUGA